GUUUGUUUACCUUUACGGUCGUCUGAGUGUUGUGUCGGGCAACUGUCUCUGGUAUAGUAACUAUUACACUGAUAGACCAUCAGGAUGGGGGAUGGCCUCAAGUCAUGGGUCAACCACCGGCUCCAAGAUGUUAUGGGCAUGAGUGACUCAACUGUGUCCGAGUACCUUAUACGGAUAACUCAACGACUGCCCAGUAAGAUACAUGUGCUGGCAGAACUUCAGGAAGAAAUUCCGGUAGAUGAUGAAAUAGAGAAGUUUGUUGGAGAGCUUUGGAAUAGGGUUCGAGGUGAUAAUGCUAAAACUGGUUCUGCUAAAGCUGAUAAUCAGCCAACUGAUGCUGCAAAGAAACGGAAGGUUGAAGACAGCUCUGAUUCUGAUGGUGAGGGGCCUAAGCUUCUGAGAGGUUCCAGGAAAAAUGAUUCUGAUGGUGACGAUGAAGAAGCACAGCGAUUAAGGGAUCUGCGUGAUCGAGAUGAAUAUGCAGAGAGACUACGACAGCGUGAUGAAGAACGUACGAAAAAUUUUGCAGAGAAGGGAGACAAAAAAGGUUUUGAGGAGGCUGCAAAACGACUUCAGUUGGAAAAGAAAGAUCGCGGAAAAAUUCUUCCCAAGCUGAGAGUGGAGUCUCGUCGGAAGUACCUUGUGAAGCGUAAGGAUGAUAAACUGAGAGAACUGGAAGCAGAUAUUGUAGAUGAUGAGUAUCUCUUUGAGGAAGAAGCACUUACAGAAAGGGAGAAGAAGGAGCGGGAAUAUAAAAAGUCUGUUCUCCAAUUGGCGAAAGACUAUGAUAAAGUAAGAGAAGCAGAAAAUGUUCAUCGAUAUGUGAUGCCGGAGGAAGGUGCAAGUGUAGAUGAUAAAUAUGUAGAGGUGGAUGAAAGAGAGAAGAAACAUGGUUAUGAACAGAAAAAAUGGGAGGAAGAUCAAAUGAGAGGAACAUCUCUAUCAUUUGGAGCAAGAGACAAAGCUAAGAAAUAUCAAGAGCAAGAGAAAGAGUACAAUCUUGUUUUAGAAGAUGAAAUUGAAUUCAUUAAAUCACUUCCCCUAGAAGGCACCCGUAAGAAAAAGAAAAAGAAGAAGAAGAUAGAUUUAGAUCUUAUUUCUUCAUCAGAGGAAGAAGAAGAGGGGGAAGAGGAGGAAGAGGAGGAAGAGGAACCAAAGCUGUCUGAAUCACAGAAAAAGAAGCUUUCAAUAGAUGAUGUAAGGAAGAGCUUGCCUGUGUUCCCCUUCAGGGAAGCUUUAUUAGAUGCUAUCAGUGAACAUCAAGUCUUGAUCAUUGAAGGGGAAACUGGAUCUGGCAAGACAACACAGAUACCACAGUAUUUAUGUGAGGGUGGUUUUUGUAGUGAUGGUAAGAAAGUUGGCUGCACUCAACCAAGAAGAGUUGCUGCAAUGAGUGUUGCUGCCCGUGUGUCUGAAGAGAUGGGCAAAAAGCUUGGAAAUGAAGUAGGAUAUAGUAUCAGGUUUGAGGAUUGCACCAGUGAACGGACACGGAUAAAAUAUAUGACAGAUGGUAUGUUAUUGAGAGAGUUUCUCAUGGAUCCUAGUUUGGAUGGCUAUAGUGUUAUGAUUAUUGAUGAAGCUCAUGAAAGAACUCUACAUACUGAUAUUCUCUUUGGGUUACUGAAGGACAUUACAAGAUUUCGUACUGACUUAAAAUUACUCAUCUCCAGUGCCACUCUGGACUCCGCCAAAUUUUCUGAUUUCUUUGAUGAAGCACCUAUAUUUCGAAUUCCAGGCAGGAGAUACCCAGUCCAUAUUUAUUAUACCAAGAGUCCAGAAGCUAACUAUAUUGAUGCUGCUGCUGUAACUAUCUUACAGAUCCAUAUUACUCAGCAUCUUGGGGACAUUCUGUUAUUUCUCACAGGUCAGGAAGAGAUUGAGGCCUGUCAAGAAAUUUUAACUGAAAGAAUCAAAGCCCUUGGGAGUAAAAUUCGUGAAUUGUUAAUAUUACCAAUAUAUGCCAACUUGCCCUCUGAUAUGCAGGCAAAGAUUUUUGAGCCAACUCCUCCGGGAGCAAGGAAAGUUAUUCUAGCAACAAAUAUUGCUGAGACAUCUCUAACUAUUGAUGGUAUUAAAUAUGUUAUAGAUCCUGGCUAUGCUAAACAGAAUUAUUUUAAUGCAAGAAGUGGCAUGGAGUCACUAGUAGUUGUUCCAAUAUCUAGAGCAUCAGCCAAUCAAAGAGCAGGUAGGGCAGGAAGAGUUGGUCCUGGCAAAUGCUUUAGAUUAUAUACUCAGUGGGCAUUUGAGAACGAGAUGGAUGAGAAUACCAUUCCUGAAAUCCAAAGGGUUAACCUUGGAAAUGUUGUGCUUCAACUCAAGUCUCUUGGUAUCCAUGAUCUCAUCAACUUUGAUUAUCUGGAUCCACCACCAGCUGAAACUCUCAUGCUGGCUCUGGAACAGCUGUAUGCAUUGAAAGCUCUGAAUCACAAGGGUGAACUAACUUCUACUGGCAGAAAGAUGGCCGAAAUCCCAGUGGAUCCUAUGAUGUCCCGGAUGAUCUUAGCUGCUGAUCAGUAUAAAGUUGUUGAAGAAGUCCUCACAAUUGCUGCAAUGUUGUCUGUAAAUGGAUCCAUCUUUUACAGGCCUAAAGACAAGGCAAUUCAUGCUGAUACUGCAAGAAAGAAUUUCUUUCAUCCUGAUGGUGAUCACUUAACUUUAAUGAAUGUUUACAAUGAGUGGGCAGGAACAGAAUAUUCAUCACAGUGGUGCUAUGAGGUGUUCAUUCAGUAUCGGUCCAUGAAACGGGCGAGAGAUAUUCGAGAUCAGCUUGUUGGGCUCAUGGAACGGGUAGAAGUGCAAUUAACAUCCAAUCCAGGUGACUCCGUUAGUAUCAGAAAGGCCAUUACUGCGGGAUAUUUCUACCAUGUGGCAAGGUUUAGUAAAGGUGGCAUGUACAAAACUGCUAAAAAGAGCCAAACUGUGAUGAUGCACCCACAAUCAUGUUUGGUAGAGGAUCUGCCGAGAUGGGUUGUAUACCACGAGUUAGUUUUGACUACUAAGGAAUAUAUGCGUAAUGUGGCAGUGAUUGAUGGCAAAUGGCUUCUAGAAGUUGCUCCUCACUACUACCGUGACAAUGAGGUGCACGACACAACCAAUAAAAAGAUGCCCAAAAUUAAAGGCAAGGCAAGAGAGGAGCUGCAGAAAGAAUACAAUCAAGGCUAGUGUAAGUUAAGAUCACAAAUUUGAAUUUGUAUAUAUUUAUUAUGUAAUAUUAUCGAUUGUAUGAGAAGACUUUGUCAGGAAGAAUUUAAAAACGAGUACAGUAUAAUACUUCAUGUUUUGGGUAACAAAUCAUAAUUCUAUCAAUGCUAAUUAAGUAACAUCUUCCUCAGAGUAUGUGUACUGAGGCAAUUAAUAUUAAGAAACUAGUUUUUCCACCCAUUUUUUUUCCUGCUUAGUACAGAAUGGUCAGACUCAAGAGCAAAUGCACCCAUACAAUCCCCUUUCAUUAAUUUUUAUUAUUGCUUAUUAAUGUUUCCAGUUAUAUUAGCCCUCUUUCACUGCAAGGCCCCAAACUCAUUGGUUUAUUGUCAUUUCACGCAAAACAUCAUCAUCACCUGAGUAAACCCUAACCUGCUUUUUGCCCAACACUUCAUUAACACUACCAUAUCUCCUCCUUACUUCUGUAUUCAUUUUUUUCGGCAUCCAAUUUACUCAACAUAAUUUUCUCAAGCAUGUCACAUAUUUUGCUUCUAAUUUCCUCCUCCUUGAAUCUCAAGUCCAUACUUAACACUUGUGUACAUUAAUAGUCCAGUAGCAGCUAUAUAUCCUCAUCUUUGCCUACUGUACUUUGAUAUAGUUUUGGGUUCCAUACAUUCAUUAAGGUGUCUUUUACUUUCUUUCCUUCCAUCUUUCUUGUUUAAUUAAUUUGUAAACACAUUUGCUCUCAGAUAUCAUAAACAGUCCACUUCCAUUCUAUUCUAUACUGUACUUGUAUUACCAUUCAAGCUAACAUUUAUUUCUCUGUCUCACUUCUCUUUAUAGUUUCAUCACUGUUGUUGUUCACCUUCACCAUCACAUAGUACCAUGAUGACCAACCCAGGAUGAUUCCAUUUAUUGAAGUGUUAAGUAAGAAACAACAAUAAAGAUUUUAUUCUGGUAA